AAAAUCGGCUUCAGUCAGGCUUUCCUUCCUCUCAUGUCUCCAGGCGUGAUUAAAAGCGUCCCUGGGCCGAGCUUUCAGAGAGAAAUAACAAAAAUAAACUGAAAAUUUACCUAAGUAAUCUGAAGCAUUUGUGACGCUGUACCACGCGACGGAAAAAAAGGUACGUCAUCAACCAGCGACUCAGUCCACCCACCAGCACUUUUGUUUUGCAGAGAAUGGACUUCACAGAGUGCUACGCAGACACGGUGUCCCGUGUUGCUGCUGCCGCCCGUUCAGGCAGCAGAAGACAGCUGAGGAGGCUGAUGGAGAGAGGGUUCAGUGUGGAUGCUCGAGAUAACCGCGGCUGGAAUGCUCUGCAUGAGGCGUCUGCUGCUGGCAGUAAGGAGUGUGUGCUGGAAAUAUUAUCUGCCGUUAAUUGUAAGAAAGGAUGUUUCUCUAGAAGUCGUGAUUUUGUGAACUCUUUGACUCAUGAGGGAGAAUCUGCGUGUUACUUGGCAGCGCAGAGAGGUCACCUGGCAGUGGUUCGACUCCUCCUGAAAGCACAUGCCGACAUUAACCAGCUGACUAAUGACCUGUCCUGUCCUUUAUAUGCUGCUGUAGACAAUGGGCAUGAAGAUGUUGUUAAACUGUUGGUCGGUAAAGGUGCAGAAGUCAACAGAACACACACAUCAUCCUGCUGGACCUGCCUUCAUCAAGCUGUUUACAAGGGUCACAGUGAUAUGGUUCGAGUUCUUGCUCAGUUUUGCAACUUGGAGGCACUAGAUGACCACAAGAUCACUGCCCUGUUUGUGGCUGCACAGUAUGGACAGAGUGAAUGUUUGGAGAUACUAAUUAAAGCAGGGGCCAAUGUGAACACCCAGGCAGCCGAUCUGGCGACACCGCUGCUAAUUGCCUCUCAGGAGGGCCACCAGGCUUGUGUGGAUCUUCUGUUGGACCAUGGUGCUGAUCCAAAUGUAUCCUGCAGUCAGGAGUGGCCCCAGUUUCCCAUUCAUGCUGCAGCUCAGUUCGGCCACAUCAGUAUUCUCAGGAGGCUGAUAGACGUCACUGAUCGAGUGUGUGACCAAAGCGAUGGUAUGGUGAGCCCGCUGUACACCGCCGUCCACAGCGAUCAGACUGGCAGCGUGGAGUUGCUCCUGAAGGAAGGCUAUAGCCCAGACGCUCAGGAGUGCAUAAACAAUCUGGGCUUCUAUUCACCCCUUUCUGUGGCUUUAUUUAAUGCAACCAGCAAACCGCGCAGUGAGUCACUAAAGCUGCUGCUUGCUGCAGGAGCAUCUCUGAGCUCAGAGGAAUGGACUUAUGCCUUAGCCACAGACACAACAGACCUGCUGGAGCUGAUUCUUGAACACAGGUGGAUCCCUCGCCCCGAGACUUUAACCACAAACUACUCUGCAUCGCAUCGUCAGGGGAAGCUGCUGUUCAAGCUGCAAGAAGUGAGGGAACUGCUCUGUGUGGCUCUAAGCCAAGUACAUUUUGCUUCCCGGUGGCUUCCUGUACUUCUGAGGACCGGAUUGGAUCCAUGUUGUUUACUGCUCCACCCCCACAUGUUGGAAAAGGCUGAGAGUGAGGUGUUGAAUUACCUGCUUGAGUUUGUAAACUGGUCAACUUUGUCCCCUCCUUUGAAACUGAUUUUGAAUCAAAGACAAACAAAAAUGACCUGGAGACCAUCCACAAAUUUAGAUUCAAUUCCCAGUCUGUCCCACAUCUGCCGGCUGAAGAUCAGACAAGUUUUGGGACCAGAUCUACUGAUGAGGACCAGCAUAGUCCAGAAGCUGCCAGUUCCUUCCUCACUUCACGAUUUUCUUAGAUUUCAGGACAUUGUGGAACCUUCCUACAAGCACCCACCACAAUCACCUGUAAUCAAUAGAGUACAGAGAUCCCAGCAUGCACAUCAACACAGGCACGUUCUGUAACUUCAUCUUGUUUUCCUCUUGCCUUGAAAAAGUUACACAAAUCAACUCUAUAUUGAUUUUCAAUCAACCCAUUCUGUCAAAAAAAAAAUUAUUUUACAAUUGCACGUUAAAAAAUGAAGGUCAGCAUUUUUGGAAGAAUUUGUUCAAUUAAAGUGCUUUAAAAUAAAAAUUAUUUUGCAAAAACAUGUCAUUUAAGUGUUUUAGGUGUAUCUUUAGAUUCUCUGAUGACGGAAUAAAAUAAUUUAUCCUUUCUCUUCAGAAAUCAUUCCUAUUUGUUGUAUCUUGAGAUGUUAUUUGGAAUUAUUGAAUUUACAAUAAAGAUUUGUGAAAAGAGACAAAAAAACUAAUGUAAACGUGGAAAUAUUUCUUAGACAAAUACGUCCAUGCAUCCAUUAUGUUGUCCCAUUUUCUGUAAGUUGUGUAAUGGUUAGUUUUUCUCCCAUUGCUGCGAUUAUGCAGAUGUUUUCUUUUGUGAAGCUCAGGAUGACGUUUUUGUGCCAAAACAAAAUGACUGAAAAAUAUUAAAGAAAAACUUGAGGCAAAAGCAUGCU